AUGAUUUCUGCAAAGGUUUUGUUAGCCGUUGGCCUUGUUGCCGUGGCUGCGGGUCCUUGUAAGCCUGUUACAACUUCGCUGGCUGUGAGCUCGGGUACGAGUGGUGUUGUUGAUUCUACCACUUUGGUCGGAAGCACUGAGUCUACUGCUGUGUCAGUCACCGAAACUGAGACUGGGACCGCCACGACAGCUACGUUGACCUCCGAUCUAACGACUCUCUUGACUGCGACCAGCGACUUGACUACCCUUACUACCGAAGCAGCCACGUCAACCGCCGAAGAAGCUACCACCACCAAAGAAGCUACCACCACCGAAGAAGCGACAAGCACAGAAGCAGCUACAACCACGACCGCCGAGCUACCCGGCUCAACCCAAUUCAACAUCUACCCCAACCAAGGCGUCCCCGCCACCGGCCCCCUCAAAGUACGAACUUCCCCGGGUGGCAAACUCUACUUCAACAACCCCAACGAUAACUACGUUACUGGUACAUUCGUCCUCAACGGCCACGGCAAGCUCAUUAACGGAAACCAACUCCUGUGCGCAUUCUUCGGGAGGGGCGAGCAGUAUGCGGACAUUAUUGCAUGCUCGCCUGAGGACGAGACCGAUCUUCGCUACUCACCCCUCGACUGUGAGCUCGGCGCUUCAGGGCAGAUUAGUUGUCAGGCCCAGGGCAAAUUCUGCUACUACAGUCCGAGGCUUUCGUGUGGUGCGAGGGGUGUUUAUCCUUAUUUUUAUAUUGAGAGUGCUGGGGCUUCUGGGUACGGGCUUGUUCUGGGACCGAAUGGACUCAAUCUCACGCCGGUUCAGCUUGCGGCUCAACCUCAGCCGACUGAGCCUUAG